UGUAUUUUGAUUGCAUUUGCGGUGAAAAUGAACGUAGUUUUGGUGUAGUGUGAAUAUAUUGGAAUGUUGAUCCGUUAACUGGAUACGUUGAUGCGGUGGGUGUGGUUAUAUGCCUCGCAAACUCUAGAGGCGAGAUCAAGACCGGCUGAUUGUUUGUUCUCUGAGGUAGGAAAUAUGUAUGAAGGUGCAGACUAUAUUACCUCAAAUGCAAAUAUUGUAGAGAAAGGAAGAGACAGCGCCAGAAAAGACGAAAGUGGUAGUGUCCUUCAGGGGGACGAAUCAGCAACUGAAUCAGCAACAGGUGCAGAGGAGGAAGAUGAAGAGGCUGGAGAAAAGCGGAAACGAAGGAAAAUGGAUAUAUCUUGUAAUUUCGUGUUUUUCUUUUUUAUAGCCACGCUGUUCUAUUUUCUUCCAGUUUUGAUUUGGGAUUUCUGGAAAACAUGUCAAUAAAGUACAUUUUCAAAUUUGUGUAAAUGUGUUUCAGCUAGAAGUUAGAGUACACGGCAAUUACGUGCACGACUGCUUUCAACAAUCAGAUCAGCUAAAUCCUUAUCAAUUGCUCUAUACUAAAAAA